AUGGCGCAACCGCAGCCCACUCCGUUCCAGAAAUUUGGGCCGCUCCUCACCACCUCCUCGGGGAAUCCGGUCGAUGACAACCAACACUCCAUCACUGCUGGCCCCAGGGGCCCAACAAUACUUGGCGACUUCCACCUCCUCGACAAGCUCGCGCACUUCGAUCGUGAACGCAUCCCCGAGCGAGUUGUGCACGCCAAAGGCGGCGGCGCCUUUGGCUACUUCGAGGUCACGCACGACAUCACCAAAUACUGCAAAGCGAAGUUGUUUGAGAAGGUUGGGAAGCGCACGCCAGUGUUUGCACGCUUCUCAACGGUGGCGGGCGAGCUGGGUAGCGCCGACACGAAGCGCGAUCCGCGGGGUUUCGCGCUCAAGUUUUACACGGAGGAAGGCAACUGGGACAUGGUAGGGAACAACACGCCGAUUUUUUUCGUGCGCGAUGCGAUCAAGUUCCCCGACUUCAUUCACUCGCAGAAGCGCCAUCCGCUCACGCACGUGCACGACCCCAACAUGGUGUGGGAUUUCUUCUCCCUCGUCCCCGAAAGCGCUCACCAGGUCACCUUUCUGUACACGGACCGCGGCACGCCGGACGGAUUUCGGCACAUGAACGGAUACGGCAGCCACACGUUCAAAUUCGUCAACAAGGAUAACGAGGCGUUCUACGUGAAAUGGCAUUUCAAAACGAAUCAGGGAAUCAAGAACUUGUCUCGACAUCGCGCGAAGCAGCUCGAAAGCGAAGACCCAGACUACGCAAUCCGCGAUCUCUUCAACGCCAUCGCCAGAAAUGAGUUCCCCUCGUGGACAUUUUGCAUUCAGGUGAUGCCGGUGAAGGACGCAGAGACGUACCGCUGGAAUGUUUUCGACGUCACCAAAGUCUGGCCUCACGGCGACUACCCGCUCAUUCCCGUCGGGCAGCUCGUGCUGAAUCGAAAUCCCGAAAAUUACUUCCAGGACGUUGAACAAGCGGCCUUCUCUCCCGCGCACAUGAUCCCGGGCAUCGAGCCGAGCGAAGACCGCAUGCUUCAGGGCCGCCUCUUCUCCUACUCAGACACUCACCGACACAGACUCGGAGCCAACUACCACCAAAUUCCAGUGAAUCGCGCGUGGAACUGCCCUCACGGCGACUACUCAGUGCGCGACGGCCCCAUGUGCAUCGAUGGCAAUAAGGGCGGGCAAGCGAACUACGAGCCCAACAGCAUCAGCGGCUUUCCUCAAGCGGACAAAAGAAACGCAGCCUGGUCGGGCUCCACAAGCGUGACCGGCCUCGUCGCGCGCCACCCCCAGGAACACCCCAACAGCGACUUUGAGCAGCCUGGAGCUUUGUACCGGAAAGUCCUGGCGGAGCCCGAGCGCGCGGCGUUGAUUGAAAACAUCGCUGACCAUCUGAAGCAAGCGCGACGCGACAUUCAGGAACGACAGGUGAAGAUCUUCUACAAAUGCGAUCCUGAGUAUGGCGAGAGAGUCGCACGCGCCGUCGGCCUUCCCAUUGAGGCGUGCCACUCAGCGAGCCUGUAG